AUGCCGAGGAUAGACUCGAAACGGUUGCCUCUCAGGCUCAAAAGGUCAUGCACUGAUGUACUCAAUCAGCUCACUAAGCCACAGCAGGCACCCACUUCCUCCAUCCCUGGUAUCCAAGUUUGCAAAAGCCGUGCAGGAGCAGUUCUUCAUGCACAACAUCUCACAUUCCUUGAAAAGUACAACUUCGAUCUUCAUGUUUUAGAGUCUAAAGCCCAAGAUGCCGAGGAUGGACUCGACACGGUUGCCUCUCAGGCUCAAAAGAUGGCUGACAUUGUUACAGAACAAUGGAUUCAAAUUCAGCGACUUGAGCAGGCUCUUCAUAUUACACAAGCUUAUAGAUGUGCACACUACAUUAAGAAGGUUGUAUUGUCUGCAGACCCUUCUUUGUUUCCAAAUGAUUACGAAGCUGUGGCACUUUUCGAUCGCAAUGGAACCAGAGUAUCUCAUAUUAAGUCAGGGGAUCAUGGUUGGACUCACAUAGAUCAAACGGUCAGAUUCUUUUAUGGUCUGAAUCAAGUGAUCGGAUUUGAUGAUGUGAUCUAUUACAGAGGCCAGUUUCUUGCUGCUAGUAGGGAGGGUGGGGUUUUUGCGAUAAACGUUAGCAAGGAUCCAACUUAUAAACCUCAUGUAAGCAUAGUUGUACCAAUGGUUCAAGGUAUUGAUGACCAAGCAUAUCUUGUGGAAUCGUCUAGGGGAGAUCUAUUGCUGGUUAGGAAGUUCCAAAGUUUGAAUUAUGUUGAGUGUUUUACUGAUACUUUGAGCUUCAAGGUUUUCAAGCUGUACUCUGAUUGUGGGGAUAAAAUCAGAAGCGAACGGAUUGAGGAGAUUGAUAGUAUUGGAAACGAUGCUUUUUUCUUGGGUGGCAAUAAUCACUCCAUGUGUGUCUCAGCUUUAGACUUUCCGGGUUGUCAUCCGAAUUCCAUAUACUUCUGCAUUGAUAAUUGGGUGGGUGAUGCUUGUGAUGAAGUUCAAGAGCCUCUUGGCAUGGCAGCCUUCAAUUUGGACAACAGAAAAUUUGGAACAAAUUACAACUGCACAAGUCCUUCACAGAAGUACAUGCCACCAUCAAUUUGGAUUUUGCCCACCAUGGUGUGA